AUGGAGGUGAUUCAGUCCGAGCUGAAGGGUCUGAAGGUCCAGGCGACAGAAAGCAACACCACAAUCAAGACGAUCAACGAAACACUUCAGGGAUUGGGUUUGUGGAUGCCAAAGGUGGAUGUCUCCAUUAAAUCCCUACAGGAAUCCAUUGCUGCUGUUGGUGCUCGGGUGGCGGUGUUGGAGGCCGAGCAGCAGCCAACUGAAGGGGGCGCGGCUCGUACUGAAGGUGCAGGUGCCACGAUUCCAUUUGCAGGCGCAACUUCUGGCAGUCCAACAGCACAGGCCCAGGGGCCGGCAAACGGCGUCAACAAUUUGCAAAUUCUCCUUCCUCGUGGUGGUUCUCCUUCUGGUAGGAUUCCUAAGUCCAAUUUCCCCAAGUUUGAUGGUGACAACCCAGGGUGGUGGAAGGCAGUGGCAGAAAAAUACUUUGCAAUGUAUGAUGUGCCGCAUGAUACUUGGGCGACAUUCGCCACGAUGCACUUUUGGGGCAAUGCUGCACUGUGGUUGCAAACUUAUGAGUCAAUGCAUGAGGUCGACAGUUGGGAGGAAUUGGUGGUGGCAGUGAACUGUAAGUUUGGGAAGGAUAAGUACCAUCAUUACUUGGAUCAGUUGGAGCGCAUCCAGCAACAUGGCACAAUGGAUGAAUUUUAUCAUGCCUUUGAGGAACUGAUGCACCGAGUGUUGAUGCAUAAUAAAAACUAUGAUGAGGCGUUCUUUGUGACCAAAUUUCUGAAAGGGCUCCGACAAGACAUUCAGACAGCCAUCCGAUUGCACAAGCCGCGGACUGUCGAUGCUGCUCUGUCUCUAGCUCAAACCCAGGAGGACAUGCUCGAGGAGGCACGCCAGUUAUCCAGUGCUAAGUACAAGCAUGAUUACAAACCACCAUUCCGAACAUUUGGGCACCAGAAGAGCAUCAUGGGCGCUGCGCCCGGUGCAAAAUUAGCGGCUGAUGACAAACUGAAAUUGGAACAGAAACUUGAGGCCUUGAAGACCAUGCGUCGUGAGAAGGGAUUAUGCUUCAAAUGUGGGGAGAAAUACCACCGUGGCUACAAAUGUACACCUACUCUGCAAGUUCAACUUAUGGAGGAGCUUUUGUGUUUGUUGCAACACACGGAUGACACGGCACAGGAUUCCGAUACAGAUCAUGCACCGUCUGACAGUGAGCCUGAAGAAGGUCUCAUGCAUGUUUCUCAGUGCGCGACUGCUGGUACUACACGCCGCAAGACUAUGCUUCUGCAUGGCAUCAUCAAUGGGCGGAAAAUUUUGGUGUUGAUUGACUUUGGUAGCUCUAGCAAUUUCAUCGGUGCUCGCGUUGUCGAGUCGCUACAACUGAUCACACGUCCUGUUCAUGUCGCUAAGACAUGUCAAGGUCAUACAUUCACUGAUGACCUGCGUGUUCUGAACUUGGACUGCUAUGACAUUAUCUUGGGCAUGGACUGGCUCGAGGAUUGCAGGGAUAUGUGGGUGAAUUGGCAAAAGAAAACAAUGUGUUUCAAAUACCAAGGCAAGCGCAUUACAUUGCGUGGUAUCAAGGACAAUGUGUCUUCAUUUGCGCAGAUCUCAGCACUCGAAUUGAAUGCCAUGAUCAGCAAAGGCGAGCUUGCUCAGUUAGUGCAGCUCUGUCCUGUUGCAGCGGCAGGACCAUUCGUUGACAGUGUGCCUGCACCAAUUCAAGCUCUGAUUGAUGAAUUUCAGGCCUGUUUCCAGACGCCUACUGAACUUCCACCACAACGAGCGUACGACCACCGAAUUCCUCUGAUCCCUGGUACUAAGCCUGUCGCAAAGGAUGAGAUUGAGAAGCAAGUGCGUAACAUGUUGGAACAGGGCAUUAUUCGUCAGAGCCAUAGUCCGUUUGCCUCCCCGGUGUUAUUGGUGCGCAAGAAAGAUGGGACUUGGCGUUUUUGUGUCGACUACAGGCACCUUAAUGCUGUCACGGUGAAGGAAAAUUUUCCAAUGCCCAUUGGUGAUGAACUGUUGGAUGAGCAUACCGGAGCGCAGUUCUUCACUAAAUUGGACCUGCGCUCGGGUUACCACCAAAUCCGAUUAGCUCCAAAGGACGAAUCAAAGACUGCAUUUCGCACGCACCAUGGACACUUUGAAUUUACGGUUAUGCCCUUUGGUCUCACCUCGGCGCCGGCCACAUUUCAGUCAGCAAUGAAUCUGGUGUUCGCCUCCAAGCUACGCAAGUCUGUUUUGGUCUUUGUGGAUGACAUUCUGGUGUACAGCGGAAGCUUGAGAGAUCAUUGUGAUCAUUUGCGCAAGCGCUCCUUGGAGUAUCUUGGUCAUAUCAUUAGUGGUGACGGUGUGUCCACCGACCCUGCCAAGAUCAGUGCGGUGCAAGAGUUGCCUAUCCCUGCCAAUGUCAAACAAUUGAGAGGAUUCCUGGGGCUGGCUGGUUACUACCGCAAGUUCAUUCCAUUUCAGUCGCUGAAGCAAGCCUUGGUACAGGCGCCUGUGUUGGUGUUGCCCGAUUUUUCAAAGCAAUUUGUGUUGGAGACAGAUGCUUCAGAUGGUGGCGCUGGCGCUGUUCUCAUGCAGGACAAUCAUCCUUUGGCAUUCAUGAGUAAGGCACUCGACGUCAAGAACAGAGCCAUGUCGACAUAUGACAAAGAAUGCUUGGCCAUAUUAAUGGCAAUUGACAAAUGGAAGUCCUAUUUGCAGGCCGGCGAGUUUCUGAUUUACACACAUCAGAAGAAUCUUUGUCAAUUGGGUGAUCACAAGGCCAAUACGCCAAUGCAGCAAAAGGCCUUCUUUAAGUUGUUGGGGUUUCAGUAUCGUAUUGUGUACAAGAAAGGCACUGAGAACUCGGCUGCUGAUGCUUUAUCUCGUCGUGCUCAUCCUGCUGAACUGUCUAGCCUGUCAAAUGUGCAGCCUCGUUGGCUUGAAAUUAUCAUCGAGGGCUAUCACAAGGAUGCCCCAGCUCAACAGCUAUUAACUGAGAUGGCUCUCCAAGGGACAAAUGAUCAUGGAUUUUCUUUGCAUCAAGGUGUUAUUCGCCAGCAUGGGAAAAUUUGGCUGGGCAGUAAUAAGGAUGCUCAUCGUGCCAUUCUACUUGCCUUUCAUAGCAGUGCGAUUGGCGGCCACUCAGGUGUGUUAGCUACUUACCAACGGGUGAAGGAUCUGUUCAUUUGGCCAGGGCUCAAGCAAGACGUCGCCUCGUUUGUUCAACAGUGCAAGGAACGAGCUGCCAUGCAACAACUUAUUCAGCAACACCUGGAACGUGCUCAGCAUCGUAUGAAGCGACAAGCAGACAAGAAGCGGUCUGACAGAACUUUCAAUGUUGGGGAUUGGGUUUUCCUUCGUCUCCAGCCGUAUAUUCAGCAAUCGGUGGCGCAACGUUCAUCGCAGAAGUUGUCGUUUCGCUUCUUUGGUCCUUAUCAGAUUAUCAAGCGUGUGGGGAAGGUCUCUUACAAGCUGUAG